AUGGCCUUGCCUGAUUACAUUGAACGCGUGGCAGUUAGCUCAGUAUUAAACCGCGAUUCACAGCAAUACGGGAAGAUUCAUCUGUUUGACGGGAGGCCCGAUACUUGUUGGAACUCCGACUCGGGUACUCCGCAAUGGAUUAUGGUGGAUUUCAAGAAACCGGUAAAACUGACGGCCGUCAGAAUUCAAUUUCACGGUGGCUUCGCCGCCGAGGAGGCUGUGCUCCAGUUGUGGACCAAAGAAACGAAGGACAACAAAACGGCCUAUCCUAUAUUCCCCGCCAAUGUCAGCAGUCUUCAGUCAUUUGUCUUUACUGAUGAAAAUGCAUACACAAAUGCCUGUCUUUUGUUUCGAAAGGCUACCGAUUUCUUCGGACGAAUUAUUGUCUACCGUCUUGACCUUUCAUUUGAUUGA